AUGUAACAUCCUAGAUCAACUUCGGCUCAUUAUAAUACUUGCAAUUCUUAAUAUGGAAAUGGUUGGCUAUUGCAUGAUGGGAAACAACAAGUAAAGUUAAGUGAAACUCCUGUUCCUACCUAUGCUGAAAUUGUUAGAAGCAUGCAGGACUUUAGAAGAGCAGAGAAGCUGAUUAAGAAUAAAUUAGUGGCUCAGCAGUUUGGUUUAGAGUAACAAAAGAAAGAGACAGAGGAAGAGAAAUAAAGAAGAAAAAUCGAUAGUAAGGUGCCUCCCAAACCAUUCCCAGUGAAGGAAAGCGAAUACACAAAGCCAGCCUAAGGGAUUAAUGUUGGAUCUCCAAUUUACGAAACAUCCAAUAUGUAAUAUGGACAAUUAAACCCAACGAAAUUUGAAUUAAUUGAAAAGUUUUAUCCAAGAGAUGCUAAAUUCACUUAGGGAUUCCAAGGACAUACUUACAAAUUUGACGGUCUUACCACUAGUGUUGCCUUUUCAAAAACCCACAAAGCUUUGGAUGAGUACUGA